AUGGCCAGCCUCUUGUCAACCCAUACACGAUAUUUUGAGCCAGAUAAUGCCCAGGAUAUUCCAGGAAUCAUCGUGCAGAUUACGAGAGGCGUCGAUACGUAUAUAAUAUGGGCCGGGACCACGACACAGGCAAUCUCCGGCGGUGAUGAAGCUCAGAAGAGUCUCGCUGUUCAAUCUGGACGAUUAGGAGUCGAUUGGGCAUGUUCUAUGCCGAGUCCAAAGCCUUCUAUGCCCGUCGCUGGGACGACUCUCCUUAGGACGAGCCAGGAUCCAGUCGCACUUCCUCUAUCUCAACGACUCGCACAGCGCUUCAAAAAGCAGAUGUUUGUCUCUAUCGACAUUUCUGCAUCACAAAAGAUAGGUGGCAAGGGCCCAAUGGUCGCCCUCGCUGUCGAAAAGGCGGUAAUAGUCUCACUCAAGGCACUCGAGAAUCCCUAG